AUGGGGAUACUCCACAGUUUGUGGAAUUGGACUGAUAGAGAUAGCAGAGGUGCUACUCCACUACAUUAUGCUUGUUGUAAAGGAAAUAUCGAAAUGAUAGAUUCAUUGAAAAAUCUUGGAGCUGCAUUCGAUAUGAUUGCAUUUAAUGGUUCCACUCCUCUACACUCGGCCGCCAUUUGUAAGCAGUAUGAUGUUCUGAAUUAUUUACUUUCCCUGUAUCCAAAGCCCCCUCCUGACAAUGAAACAAAUACAAAUAAAUUAGGGAAGGAAAUGGUGAAAAAAGUGAGCAUUUCCACAAUUGAGGAAAUUCAGAAGUGGCAAGGUAUCCGAGGUGUCAAUUCUUUUAUCACUCUACAACAAACUGACUUGGCGGAUACUGAUGCUCCAUUGGAACCUUACGAUAAAUUGGCAGAUGAUCAAGAAAUACCUUAG